AUGACGAUUGAACGAUACGAUGACUCCGCGCCUUAUGAGCAGCAGGAGAAGAAAGAUCUUCCCGCUGAUACCUAUGCAGGGCCAGCAGGGGAGGAGAUCCAGCCCAGAGAGGAGGAGACCCAUAGAGCUUUGAAGAGUAGACAAAUCAGUAUGAUAGCCAUCGGUGGUGCCAUCGGUACUGGUCUUGUCAUUGGUUCUGGUACCAGUAUCGCUCGAUCAGGUCCUGGUUCAGUGUUCGUCGCGUACUGCAUCAUGGGUGUCGUCUGUUUUGGUGUACUCUUGGCUCUCGGUGAAAUGAGUACCAAAUACCCAACCAAGAAGGGUUUCGCGGGUCACGGUACAAGAUGUGUCGACCCUGCUUUCGGAUUUGCUACUGCCGUCAUCUAUCUUUGUAAAUACCUCAUCUUAUCUCCCAAUCAAAUUGUUGCCGGAUCUUUGGUCAUUCGAUACUGGAACGCCAAAAUCAAUGGCGCCGUUUUCGUUACCAUCUUGAUUGUGUUCGUCAUCGCUAUUAACACCCUAGGUGUUAAAUGGUUUGGGGAGGUCGAAUUCUGGCUCUCUUUCAUCAAGAUUCUGACACUCACCGGUCUCAUCUUGCUUGGUUUGAUCAUCGAUUUGGGAGGUGUUCCCGGUCAAGAUAGACUCGGUUUCGCUUACUGGAAACAUGGAAAAGCCUUCAAGCCAUACAAAACCACUGGUACCGAAGGACAAUUCCUCGGUUGGUGGAACGCUAUGGUACUUGCUCUUUUUGCCUACACUGGUUCGGAGUUAGUAGCCAUUACUGUUGGAGAAGCCAAGAAUCCAAGAAAAACUGUACCAGCGGCUAUCAAGAAGACUUUCUUCCGAAUUAUCUUCUUCUACAUCUUCUGUAUCCUCAUUGUCGGAAUGAUCGUCGACUCAAGCUCCAAGUUACUCGCUCAAGCAGCUGCCAAAGGUACAGCUGGUGGUGCGUCCGCCUCUCCUUUCGUUGUCGCUAUUCAAGCUGCCGGUAUCAAGGGUCUCCCUUCUGUUAUCAAUGCCUGUAUCUUGAUCUUCACUAUCUCGGCUGCCAAUUCUGAUCAAUAUGUUGCUACGCGAACACUCUAUGGAAUGGCCAAAGACGGACACGCACCUCGAAUCUUCACCAAAUGUACAUCUCGAGGUGUACCUUGGGUUGCUUUCAUGUUCACCGGAAUGUUCAUGGGUCUUGCUUACCUCGUCGCUGACUCUGACGCUUUGGUAAUCUUCAACUACUUUGUCAAUACUGUUACCAUUCUUGGUGGAUUGACUUGGGUAUCCAUCUUGUCUUCUCACGUUGGUUUCAUGAGAGGAAUGAAGGCUCAGGGCAUCUCGCGUGACACGCUUCCCUACAAAGCACCUUUCGAGCCUUACCUCACCUACUUCUCCUUAUUCAUGAUCUGCCUCGUUUGCCUCUUCAAAGGUUUCGACGCAUUCAUGCCAUUCAAUUACAAGAACUUCAUCACCAACUACAUCGGUAUUCCAGUCUACGUCAUCUCAUAUUUCGGUUACAAAAUCUUCUACCGAACCAAGGCCGUCAAGAUGCAUGAGAUGGAUCUUACUUCAGGAGCAAGAGAAUUCUACGACAUUGAUGACGACGUCGAGGAAGAACAAAGAUACACUUCUAUGACCUGGAAAGAGAAGGCCUUAUUCCAAAUUAAGAACUGGUAA